CUUGUGGAAACGCGGAACACCUGGUGACACGAACAGUGAUGAAGAUCAGUUGGUCUGAGUGUCUCUGUUUGAUUCUCCUGCAUCUCCAGCAGACCACUGUCUCCACACUGGAGAGGUUUGAGGUUCUUGGUCCAGCUGAUCCUGUAGUUGCUGUAGCUGGUGAAGAUGUUGUUCUGCCUUGUUACCUGAAACCCAGCAUCAGUGCUAUGGACCUACAUGUGGAGUGGUUCAGAGUUCAGAUUGAUAACCCAAUUGUACAUCUUUACCGGGAUCAUGAGGACAGAAAUGAGAAUCAACUUCCAUCCUACAGGGGAAGGACAUCACUAUUCCCUGAGGAACUGAAGAAGGGAAACACAUCAUUAAAACUCUGUGAUGUCAGAGGCUCUGAUGAUGGGCCGUAUAAAUGUUUUGUGGAGUCUCAGGAGUGGCAGGAUGAUUCCUGGAUUAAUCUGCAUAUUAAAGCUGUAGGAACCCAACCACUGAUCUCCAUUGAAGGAUAUAAAGAAGGAGGGAUCAGUCUGGUGUGUGAAUCUAAAGGCUGGUUCCCUCAGCCUCAAGUGGUCUGGAUGGACAGUGAAGGACACAGUCUCCCUGCUGGACACACAGAGACACACACAGACAGUAUGGGCCUCUUCACCGUGAGACGACGUGUUAUUGUACAGGAGACAGAGACCAACAGGUUCACCUGUCGAGUUCAACAGCAGCAGAUAAAUGAAAUGAAAGAGACAAUAACUGACAUCCCUGGUGAAAUGUUCCAUCGUGCCCAUCCCUGGAAGGUGACCUUUGCUGUCAUCUUCAGUCUGUCUGCUGUUGGUAUUACUGGAUGCGCAGUUUUGAUUCACCGUUUUGUAAAACUGCGGAAAAAGAGAGCUCAGCUCAAAGAACAGUAUGGUGAGCUCCAAGAACAGCAUGGUGACCUCAUGAAACGGGAUGGUGAGCUCCAAGAGCAGCACGAACUCAUCACCAGACAACUGACUGUAGAAAAUAUGUGCAGGAGAGCUGAACUUCUGAAGGCACAAAGAUACGCAGUUGAUGUGACUCUGGACCCUGAUACAGCAAACCCCUGGCUCAUCUUGUCUGAGGACAGGAAACAAGUGAGACAUGGAGUCAUAUGGCAGGAUCUCCCUGACAACCCAGAGAGGUUUAAAUACCAGAGUGUCCUGGGAAAAGAGGGUUUUUCUUCAGGGAGACGUUACUGGGAGGUGCAGGUUGGGGACAAGACUUACUGGAGACUAGGAGUGGCCAGUGAAUCCAUCAACAGGAAAGGGUAUUUUGCACUGAAUCCUAGUAGUGGUCUCUGGGCUCUCAGUCUGACUGGGAAUGAGUACUUGGCUUUCACUGACCCCUCUGUGUUGCUCCCCCUGAGUGUGAAGCCCCGGAAGGUGGGGGUGUAUGUGGACUAUGAGGAGGGUCAGGUCUCCUUUUACAGUGUGGAGGACAAGUCUCAUAUCUACACUUUCACUGGAUAUAAAUUCACUGAGAAACUCUAUCCAUAUUUCUGGCUAGGCUCCCGGAACUCAGCCCCACUCAUCAUAUCUCCUGUCAGUGACACAGACUGAAGAAACACACACACACACACUUUCUGAACCGCUUG